AUGGGAGGGCGCUGCUUCCUGAACCUCCUCCCCUGCUCCACGACCCCCUGCAAAGCCGGCGUCGGCAUCGGCACGCCCGCUUCGUCGUCAUGCCCCAACUCCGUCCACCACCACCGCACCCGAUCAGCGCGCGGCCCGAGGAGAAACGCGGCCGCCAGGGUGUCCUGCUCCGCCGCAGCCGCGCAGGCGCCGCCGUCGCAGAGCACCAUCAAGGUGGUCAUCGUCGGCGCGACCAAGGAGAUGGGGAGGGCGGCGAUCGCGGCGGUGAGCAGGGCGCGGGGGAUGGAGCUGGCGGGCGCCAUUGACACCCAGUGCAUUGGGAUGGAUGCAGGAGAGUUAAGUGGCAUGGACGAAGCCCUGGAGAUCCCGGUGCUCAACGACCUCACCAUGGUUCUCGGCUCCAUAGCACAGACAAGAGCGACUGGUGUGGUUGUUGAUUUCAGUGAACCUUCAUCCGUCUACGACAAUGUCAAGCAGGCAGCAGCAUUUGGCUUAAGCAGUGUGGUAUACGUUCCGAAAAUCGAGAUGGACACAGUAACUGAACUGUCAGCAUUCUGCGACAAGGCAAGCAUGGGUUGCUUGGUCGCACCGACACUGUCGAUCGGCUCGGUGCUCCUUCAACAAGCUGCAAUCCAGGCCUCAUUCCACUACAACAACGUCGAGAUAGUGGAAUCAAGACCUAACCCAUCGGACUUGCCAUCGCCAGACGCGAUACAGAUUGCGAAUAACAUAUCUGAUCUUGGUCAGAUAUACAACAGACAAGAUAUGGAUUCCGAUAAUCCAGCCAGAGGUCAGGUACUCGGAGAAGAUGGAGUGCGUGUGCACAGCAUGGUUCUUCCAGGACUUGCCUCAAGCACGUCGGUCGUUUUGUCGGGCCCCGGAGAGGUUUACACCUUGAAGCAUGAUGUUACAGAUGUCCAGAGCCUGAUGCCAGGACUGAUUCUGGCAAUACGGAAGGUGAUACGGUUGAAGGAACUUGAUUUAUGGCCUGGAGAAGUUCUUGUAGGAAUUAUUCGAGUAACAUAUCCAGAGAACUACAUUUACUGA